CUCAGACCAAGAUGGCCGAGCCGCAGGAAGAGUACGAGGAAGACGGAGAGGAGUACGAGGAAGUCACCGACGAGGAGGAGGAUUACGAGGAGGAGGAGGAAGAAGAGGAUGACGAGGAGGAGGCAGCCGCGCCCGCGCCUCAAGCGAUGACCCCCCAGGCCGCCAUGCUCCAGGCCAUGCAGCAGGCGCAGGCGCAGGCGCAGCAGCCCGUCGGGCCCAAGGAGUGGGCGGGCCUGAAGGACAUGCCCGCCAAGACCCAGGCCUCCCUCAAUGAGGUUCUCUCCAGGAUGACCUCCAAGGGCCAGACCGAGAUGACCGUCGUGUUCGUGGGCAAGCAGGGCGCGGGCAAGAGCUCCACCCUCAACUCCGUCCUCAACGAGCGCGUCGCCGCCGCGGCGCCGUUCCAGCCGGAGACGCUCCGUCCCCUCCUCGCGUCGCGGCGGGCGGCGGGCUUCACCAUCUCCCUCCUGGACACUCCCGGUCUCCUCGAGGGCGAUGCCGUGUCCCAGCGCGGCAUGUCCAGCGUCAAGCUCGCCAUGAAGGACCGCAAGGUGCACGCCGUGGUGUACAUGGACAGGCUGGACGCGUGGCGCGUGGACAACUCGGACCGAGCCGUCUUCAAGGCGCUCGCGGAUAACUUCGGGAUGGACAUCUGGGAGCGCACGGUGCUGGGCUUCUCGCACGGACAGCUGUCGCCCACGCAGCUGCCCUACGACCAGUUCGUCGAGGCGCGCGCGAACGAGCUCCGAUCCGCCAUUCGAAGCACUCUGAACGCGCCGCACCUGGAGCUGCCGCACGCCGUCGUCGAGAACGGGAGCCGGUGCGCCACGAACAGCGAAGGCGAAAAGGUGCUGCCGGACAAGGAGCGCACCGCGUGGGUGCCCAAGUUUGUGUCCACGCUCGUGGACGUCGCGACGCGUCUUCUCGACCCGAUGGAGUUUGACGAGCAGAAGACGUACAGCAAGGACGACCCGAACAAGAAGCGACGGCUGCUCAUCUUGCCCAUGCUCGCGCUCCAGGUGUUUGUGCUCAGGCCGUUCAUCACGAACCUGAUCAGGGCGGACAUCAAGAAGGGCAAGGGGGGGCGCGUGUGAGACUUAAAACCAUAUUACUUCGUAACAACGUAACACUUCGAACAGCGCCGUCGUCGUCUUCUCCCGUCGUCUCCCCUCCGACAGACUGGCGUCCUUUGUGAUAAUGGAGGAUGCGCAUUCAACACGACUCUCAUUAACUCGCGGCGGGACACUCCUUGCACCGAUAGCGUAUACGACCGUGCUCGCAGAUUGAGCCCCCACCGCACUCCUUGCAUAGAGAGCGCCGACGACCGUGCUCGCAGAUUUGAGACCCACCGCACUCCUUGCACCGAGAGCGCUCACGACCGUGCUCGCAGAUUGAUGCACCACCGCACUCCUUGCAGGUAGAGCGCCGACGACCAUGCUUGCAGAUUUGAGACCCGCCGCACUCCUUGCACGUAGAGCGCCGACGACCAUGCUCGCAGACUUC